CAAUCACGCGGAUCCAGCAUAGAACUACAUAAAUAUAACCUUUCAUCACGUACCCACUCAUCCAGACAAAUUUUCCACUUUCAUUAUUUCAAAUUUUGGUAAAAAACUUUCAAAUUUUGCGAUGUUUUCCACCACUAAAUAUUUGAUUGCCUUGGCGCUUUUUGCCGCCUCUGCGUCAGCAUCUUCCAUCUGCUCCCUUGGCAUUCGUGAGGCCAGUUUCGUGCAAAAUACGGCCGACAGCACUAGAGGCAUAGUGAAUUUUACUCGCUGUGGUGGGUACGGAACACCAAUUCAACUCAGAAUUUCUGACUGCAAGGAACGAUGUGCUUUCAUACCCGGGCAAGAGUACGGAAUUGAGUAUGAUUUCAUCACAAGCACUGCCCAAACGUCGCUCAGUCUUGUGGUUGAAGUCGUGUAUCAAUCAUGGCCGCAUCGUCUCUUUGACGUCGUCUUGCCUGAUUCAUCUGUCAAUCCAGGUAAGAUGUACACCGUGAGGUGCAGCAUCGUACCGGAUGAUACCCUCGCUGGGAACGCGGUUCUACUUCGUGCCAUCACUUAUCACACGGAAGGUCGUCAGUUGGAGGGACAGACCCUCCGCGCUCCAAGUCGUCUCAAGGACUACAGGAACAAAGAGGAACCAAAGAACAAAGGGGACCAAAGAGGAACCUGGUUUUCUCCACCCUCUCGGCUGCCACACCUGGGUGGAAAAAAGUUUGAGGGAGGAAUGACGGCGCGAAUGUGUCAGCACAUAAUGGGGGCCUUCCUCUCGCCCUUGGGACUAGCGUUAGUCCGUUAA